AUGGCCACUAACAAUGAGGUUGAAAUCAGGGCAUUAGAGACUGGACUAAAUCUCUGCGUUCAAAAUGGUUACUCCAAGGUGCUCAUUGAGGGAGGUUCUCAAGUAAUUAUUAAUAGAAUUAUCAAAUCAAAUUUCCAAUUGAGGAAAUUAUGCAAAUGGCUUCCCCAUAUAAAACAUUUGUUGGAAUUGAUCUGUACUUUUGAGAUUAUGCAUGUGUUCCGUGAAGGGAACCGUAUGGUCGAUUAUCUUGCAAACUUGGCAGUGGUAUGUAAUGAUAACAAGGUGACCUUUGACCGACACUCUGCAAGUGCGGACAUAAUUGAUCACAUCAAAUUGGAUGCUUCAUGUGAUGGUAUUGGCUGA